AUGUCCCUUGCCCAAGGUGUCUCUCCUGGAUCUGGGGACUUCGGUGAUAAUUUUUAUCUGGAGGAUGCACUGAGAGAAACUUCCUCAGUAAAGCAGAAAUGGGACCGUGUUACCACCACGACAACCAGGAGGCCAGGAACGACCAGAGCUCCGGCAUAUCCUGCAGGUGGUGAAUUUGACUUGGCUGAUGCUCUGGAUGAGCGAAAUGAUGGCCACAGGAAACCGAAUGCAGGAGGAGUUGGAGGAGGUUUGUCCGACAAGGAUCUUGAAGACAUACUAGGGGGUGGUGAUUACAAGCCUGACAAGGGUAAAGGUGAUGGCCGGUAUGGCAGCAGUGACGACACAGAAUCCGGCGCAACAGUGGAGACCGGCACGAUCGCCGGCGUGGCCAGCGCCCUGGCCAUGGCUCUCAUCGGCGCCGUGUCCAGCUACAUCUCCUACCAGCAGAGGAAGUUCUGCUUCAGCAUCCAGCAUGCAGCAGAAGGUCAAGAGAGUCUCAAUGCAGACUAUGUGAAGGGGGAGAACCUGGAAGCUGUUGUGUGUGAAGAACCCCAAGUGAAAUACUCUUCGCUGCAGACCCAGUCUGCAGAGCCACCACCGCCUGAGCUGCCCCGGAUCUGAGGGUCCCCGUUCAGCCGCAGGCGCACAUGUGCUGCCACCACCGCUUGUAACCCGGCUCCUUAUUUCAUUCGGACCCACAGCUGCUGUGCUGCUCUUUCGAUGUCAUUGGCUUCUUGUCGUUCUGCGUUUCUGGAUGAGCUCUGGGUGUUCGCGAGUUUGGGGUCUGCACCCUGCCACAGGUGCUCUGAAGAGGCUUGGUGCUGAAAUCCAACACCUGGCUCUGCAGAAAGCCAGCACCAGCCUCAGAAGCUGUGCAGUGGGGAGACCAAGAUGAGGGGGCAAGAGGGUGCUGGGGACACUGGCUGAGAACACAUCUGCUCACGGAACAAGAGUUUGAGCCCAGGGCGGCACAACCCACGUGGUGGAGUGGCUCACUGUGGCAGCUUGCUGUCAGCAGGCAGCCCCUGGCAGUGACCUCAAAGAGCACCUGCAAGGAGCAAACCAGUCAGCCCCAAGUAGCACCACACUCAUGCAACACCCAGGGCCGUGUUUUCGUUUUGGUCUUUCUUUUCAAUUCCAGGUUUUACGGUACCGGGCUUCCAGAGAGCUGGUCCAAGUGGAGGCUUUCCAGUUAUUUAAGUGCAAACAUGCAUCUCAUGACAGUCCUGCCCUAAGAGUUUAGGAAUCUUCUGGAUAAGUAGGAAGCCAUGACUUGCAGGCCUGCGUCCCAUCUGAUUCCAUAGGGGACUAGCUGUGGUGUUAAGGCUGACAUGAUUAAAGGUUUUAGGAAUCAUUUCUGCGUUAAAAUGUUUUAUACUGGGUGGGGGAGGUGCUCACCCUCCACCCUGUAUAUGAUCUUAUUUUGGUAGCAAGAGCUACAGACAUUAAGAAUAAGCCUCAAAGCUGGAAGCAUGCUUGUUUGCUUAAAAAUGUAUUGGGGGGGGGGGAGACACUUGUUAGGUUUAGUGACAGACACCUGACUUUGUAGCUCUGUAGUUAUCCUACUUGUCCAUUCUCAUGAACAGCGCUUGGGGCCCGUGCUCACCAUGGUAAACAUGGGAACCCAAGGACUGGCCCCUCACCUGGCCUGUGCUGGAGAAGAGCUGACUUCCUGGAAUGUUCCUUUGGCCCACACAUGGUUCCUGCCCAGCGAGCGCUGCUGUCAGAGCUGAGCUAGGGUCUAGAGCCCCCGUUUGCCCUGUCAGAAAGCACUUCCACAAGCAGAAUAUAAGUCACCAGGCAGACAGGAUCCUUAUUUACAGAACUCACAGGCUUCUUUGGACUGCACGACGGCCCCCAGCAUUCCACAGCUUAUGCGAUGGCCCCUUCACGUCCACUGAGCUGGGUUGUGGUGACUCCAGGUUCUUAAGGAAACCAUUGAAAUUGAAGAGAUGCCACCUGCCAUCUAGUGCAUGCCUCCCAUGUCCGUUGUAAAAAUGCUGCUGGUGGGAGGGUAGUCGGCUGUAGCGCUGUCUCAAGGCUGCCUUGCGGCUCCAUUCCCAGCGCCUGCCUCUGGGCUUCCAAAUGCUCCUGCUCGGCCGCAAAUCCUGGACAGACCCAGGACUGUGUGUUUGAGAGGGUGGCCUGGAGCACUGGGAAAGCGCCUCUGUGCUGUGCUGUGCCGUGAAGGAAGGAAGACGUGGCCUGAGGAAGCUCCCGUGCUUCAGGAAACGAACUAGCAGGGAAGGUACCGUGUGCAAGAUGUGCAAGAUCUGCCUGUUUCCAGGGCCUUCCACCUUUGAUGGCCAGAUCGUUAUCAAUUUUGUCAGGUUUGUCCCUCCCUGACAGCGAGGACCUCCAGGGCUGCUCGUCCCACCCUCUGGCUGGUACUGGGCUGGAGGUAGCUAGGGAGGAUUUUUGCAUUCACAGCCUGUUGUCUAGACAGGGUGACCUCAGUGCGGCCUAGCUGAUGGCAAAGACCUCGAAACCGUACAGCUCUCAUGUAAGCACAGUCUGUGAAACCAUCUUCUCAGCAGCAGACUGAGGAGGUGCAUUGUGCUCUGCCUCGCCUAGCUCGAUGCCUUCUGGCAGUGGCCUGGUGCCCAGGCCCGCACGUGAUAGCUUCUGGUAACUGGAUGUGCCUGGUAGGUCCCUCUGUCGCCUGCUAGCAGAGCUCUCGCCUGUUUGCGGGGCUUCUCCUUCCCACAGGUAUUUCACUUGCUUGGCCACUGUUGCCUGCAAAAGCCUAAGGGGCUGUUGUAACUGUGUAUCUACCUGGAAGUUGCAUUGACCAGCUUGGGCCUGUCCCAGGUGACAGGAGAAAAUGUGAACUAGAAGGGCCAAUUGAAAAUGUUCAAUCUGUAGCAGCUUACCUUGGCAGGGACAAUUUUCAAAUGCUCACUAUUUACAGUAACAGCUGAGCAAGGGCUGGGCAAACUUACAGCCCAAUGAAAGAUAAAGAGAAGGGAGCAAGGGGGAGGGUUGCUUGGUGGUGGUGGUACCCUCUUGGGGUGGACCCCACAGUGGCUCUAGAAUAGUGUCAGGCCCAUUCCUCGGCCGCCUGGGUUGGGUUAGUACCAGUUCUGAGGGAGAAGACGAGGAGACUGAUCUCAGAAUCCCCUGUACAUCUUUUUAUGUGCUUGUGUCCACGUAUGAAUUGUGAACUGCCUGUUUGCAUUAAACGACAUGGCACCAGCAGA